UGUUAUGGAAUCUAAGGCGUGUUGUUCUUCUGUCUAUACCAGCAUAUCUGAGCGAGCAACAUUAAAACUGACCAGCAUCAUACAAAAUAGAGCUAGCAAAAGCUAUUCAGUCUGUUAAAUUCUAAACUGGGAAUAAAAACUGAGAAGAUGAGCUGAAUGUCACAGGAUAGGGAGCCCAACACCCAAGUCGCUUCAGGACUCAGGAUGAGGCCAGACGUGGAGACUGAUUCAGGGUCAGCUACACUGGAGAUGGGAGACAAGGGCCUGACACAGAUCUUGGCAUAUGUCAUUGCUGAGGUGAGGGGCUCUAUCAAUAAAGAAAUAAACGGAGCUGAAAUUUUGUAUAGUUUGCUCAACGCUCCCUGGCUGCAGUCUCUGCUAAAGGUGUAUGAAUGUCUACAUCAGCACCUGAAGGGUUCUGCUAGGCCGUAUCUUUCCUAUUCAUCUGGACUUUCUCUGCAGAUUCUUUCUGACCUGCUGGCAAUCCCUCACCCCUCAAAUGAAGCUCGAGAACUUUAUAACCUCCUCAAUCAGCCCCAUUUACAGGCUCUCCUCUCAGCACAUGAUACAGUAAGUCUGAGGGACUAUGAGCCGGAAUUGCCACCACUGCCUAACAACAUCCCUGAAGAUGAGGAAGCCAUGAGGAUCGUCUGCCUAGUCAAAAACAAUCAGCCUCUGGGGGCAACGAUCAGGAGAGAUGAGGUGACAGGUGAAAUAUAUAUCGCUCGGGUUAUACACGGAGGACUGGCUGACCGCAGUGGUCUCUUGCAUGCUGGAGACAGGCUUGUAGAAGUGAAUGGUAAUCCUGUGUUUGGACUGGAACCAGAACAGAUCAUCCAGAUUCUAGCUCACUCACAUGGAACCUUAAUGUUCAAGGUUGUUCCUAUCACUGACAGGCCAGUCAACAACCAAACUAUGCUGUAUGUGCGUGCCAUGGUGGACUAUAACCCUCAUGCGGACCCCUCCAUCCCCUGCGCAGACGCUGGUAUGGCCUUCAGGAAAGGAGAUAUCCUGGAGAUUGUGGAUCAGACCGACACUCUCUGGUGGCAGGCCAUAAAACUGCCAAGCAUCUCUGCCUGCGCUGGCCUCAUUCCCUCCACCAGCUUGAUUAAAAGGAAGCAGAAAGAGUUCUGGUGGUCUCAGCCUUAUCAACCCCAUACCUGUGAGUAAACACUGAGCACAGUGGAUGAAGAGGACAUGAUUGCUAUUGAUGAAAAGUGUGUAGAAGCAGAUGAGGAGAUGUUUGAAUCUGAAGAGCUAAAGGAUGAGGAGAGUGAAUUCAUCACCAACACUGAGGGGAUUUAUCUGACUGGUUUUCGGCACAGUCUACGUCUUUGUCGACGGCGGAGGGGUCAGGCUUUUGGAACAUCCCAGUUCUGGUCCCUUCGUUGUCCCAUGAGCUUUUACAGUUCCCUGGCUAACCCUUACGAGGAGGUGGUGCGAUAUCAGCACCAUCCAGAACACGCACACCGCCUCAUAGCACUGUCCGGACCGUCUGGGGUCGGGGUGAAUGAAUUACGCAGGAGGCUAAUCGAGAUCAAUCCUAAGGUUUACCAAGGAGCUGUUCCCCAUACCACACGACCACCCAAAUGCCACGAGGAAUCUGGCAGAGAAUAUCACUUCCUCAGCAGAGAACAGUUUGACAACAUGGUCUCCAAUCACAGGUUUAUUGAGUUUGGGGAGUUAAGAGGUCAUCUCUAUGGCACUAGUGUGGAUGCAGUUAAAGAUGUUUUGGCCAGUGGAAAGAUCUGUGUGAUUGACAUUGAGCCACAUGCAUUAGAGUCAGUGAGGACCCCAGAGCUGAGGGCAUAUGCCAUCUUUAUUAAGCCGCCUCCUACUGAGCAGAUGAAGCAGACGCGAAUUAACUCUCAAAUCAUCACAAAUUACUACCUCACCCGGGCCUUUAAGGAUGAAGAUUUUCAGGAAAUAGAGGAUGCAGGAUGUAAGAUGGAACAGCAUUACUGUCAGUUCUUUGAUCAUGUGAUAGUAAAUGAUGGCCUACAGGCUGCAUGUGUGCAGCUGCUGACUGCAGUGAGGAGAGCUCAGGACGAGCCCCAGUGGGUACCAGCUGCAUGGAUCAGACCAACUGACCAGUCUUAAUAGAUAAUAUGCAAAUGCAAAUAAACAAUGACUAUGCAAAUACACUGUAUUUUUUAAUUUGAUAUAGUGAGAAUACUGUAUGUUUGUCUGUAAAAAGGUUUGUCUAAAUACAAAAUAUUUCCUGUUCACAUUUUUGCAACAUUCACAACCUUUCUUUUCAAUAUUUUGUUCACUCUUGGA